UAGCGAUGAUCACUGGACUCGAUUAAAACGUUGGAACCUUUCUUGUCUCUCAAUCCUACUACAGGUCAUGCGGUUAUGUCAUGAUCUCAGCAAGAAGAAUGACGAGAAACUAGCAGGCCGAGGCGGAGUAAAACUGAUGAACCGACAAAAGAUAUGGGAGUCAUGGGAGAGGUUCGCUACGUCCGUUCGGGAUGUGGCGGAGGCGGAAUGGAGCCUGAAAAAGGGCGAGCUGUUCAAAUAUGUGGGCAGAAUGCCCGGGACUAUCUACAUCGGGGAUUACCCGCUGAAAACAGCGUUAAUAUCCUGCAUCCCCGCCACAUUGUUCAUGGCAUUCUUCCAGUUCUUCUCGUUUUGGCAGAUGCUUUUCAACCGGACCCAUGCUGAACCCUUUACCCAUCUGCCAGCUAUAGAAUACUUUCUGUUCGGGUGUCUGCCCCAUCAAAUAGUGUCCCGCUGGACUCACCCAGUAUUGGACGUGUUGGCUGCGUUUCCCUACCUUGCUCAUUUCAUAUUACCCUUCGGUUACCCAGUGUACUGUUACUACCACAGAGCUAAACUCGGUAACACUAUAGAGCCGGCAAUGCGCGCCUUUUGGCUGGGAGGUCAGGUAGCGUUCCUAGCAGUGCUCUUCCAGUUCACUUUCCCCUGCUCGCCCCCCUGGUUUAACGAGUCCGCAGUGUACGAUGCAGACGGUCACCUUAUCAGCUACGCGUUCAAUGAAGCAGGGUUCCAGCGGAUAGACGCAAUGAUCAAACAGCCCUUGUUUCGGGAGAUCUACUCCAACGCUCCCGUUACACACGGUUCUUUUCCCUCCCUUCACGCCGCCUUCCCGACAAUCAUAUUCCUGAACGGCUCGUGGGUUGCCCACGGAGGCUGGAAGUUUGGGCUGUGUCAUGUCCUGUUAAUAUCGUGGGCGGCUUUGUACUCACAUCAUCACUAUUUGAUCGAUAUAUUAGGAGGAUACGCCCUGUCCUUCUUUUUGUAUACGUUUUAUCACAAGGUUUGGAAUCCUUUCGCUAAACCUAAGUACUCGCCAUUAUCCCGAGAAGAGAAUACUGUUUGAAUGAAUGUGUCACGUGGUUUGACUUAGUAUCACGUGGUUUGGCUUAGUAUCACGUAGUUUGGCUUAGUGUCACGUGGUUUGGCUUAGUGUCACGUGGUUUGACUUAGUGUCACGUGAUUACGUGUGAACUGUGAUUGGACCUCAGAAACUCUGUUUUGUGUGUGUUUUGGGAAGUGUUUUUAACGAAUGUGUACCUAUUGUCGAGUUUUCGGACUGAACUUUUAGAAUUGGAUCUUUUUAAUCGCUCGAUCAGGAUCGAGGUAAAUGAUUUCCGAGUUUUGCUUUUCUUGAUUCGACGUAACGUCAAACCACGUGGUAUGACGUCACGUUUCAUGGAGUAUUAUGACUACAGUGAGCUCUUUAAUCUGUCCAAUCAACGGUCUAGCUUCAAAUUGAAGUUUUUAGCUCAGCGUUUUAACUAAUUAUCUUCCAAUUAAUUAAGUACCAUGAUUGAGAGUAUUGAUAUCGUUCAGACACUUUCUUAUUCCAUUAUAUUAUGAUGAUGAUGAUGAUGAUGACACUCGAUUAAAUACGUACAAUACACAUGAUGGGUUUGGUUAUAAUGUAAUUAGUCCUCAGUUUUGUAGUAAUUCCCUGUUGAUUCCCCUUGAUCUGCAUUAAUUUUUCUCUCCUUAACUGUACAGUUUUUUUCCCAUAAUUCUCCAGUUAUUAUACCCUAUUAUAAUUUAAUUAGCAGAUUAGCCUGCGUUGUUUCUUUAGUUACUUAAAUUAUUGAACGUAGUUCUAGAAAUUCCCCGCUCUGUUAAAUACCCUCAGAAACCAUAAUAUAACGCGUGUACUUAACCCCGGAUAUCCCAAAUAUCCCGGAUAUCCCAAAUAUCCCUGAUAUCACCGUGGACAUUAUCCCGUAUUUCUACCAUCUUACUAAUUACACUGCAAAAUAAGCCUGCUGUAAACCUACUUCUUGUUAGAUAGUUGUGUUAAAACAUUCCACACUUGAUCUUGUGCAUGCGUUUAACAUGCUGACACCUGUACGCGCCGUAGUCAUGGCGCUACGUGCGUUAAAGCGCUGUAUCGUGUAAACGCUGCAUACUUAUCAUUUUUAAGGUAUGUUUAAUAAGUUAAUACAUUAUUUACACGAUUGGCAACAUUUUGAUAGUAUAUUAUUAUCUCAGUACUACAGGGCUACGGUAACCGAAGGUCGUUACUGCCUCCACACGUGGUAUGACGUCACACCACGUGGUAUGACGUCACACCACGAGGUUACGGUAACCGAAGGACGUUACUGAUCAUAUGUAGGCAGUGUAACUUCCGCUCUAUCCUCUAAAGUAAUAGUUUAAAUAUAUACCAUGCGAUUCUUUAGAAAAUUCUUAAACAUAUUUAAAUUGGGCAGUUUUAUUUGUUAACCCGGGCACUGCCUCCACACGGAAGUAACACCUUCAACAGUAAUAAUAUAAUACGAAUGAUGGUAGUCGUAAUGAACAAUUAAUAACUAAUGUAAGAAUGUUCAUCGUGUUUUAUCAUCGUGUUUUCCCACACGGUGAAAAUAAAACAAAUUAUGGACGAAAAUGAUUUCAUAUUAUGAUUGUUUUUUGUAGCAAACGGCUAUAAUUUAAGAUGCUUGAUAAAAUGUAAUAUUUGAUUGAAUGAUGAGAUUUAAUAUUGAUUUAUAAGAAUGGUUGGUACAGCAAAAAACAAAUUAUCAGAUCUGAAUUGUGCAUGGCUGCUAUGAGUUGGCACGUGGGCCUGACAUUUACCACGUGGUUUUGGCACGUGGGCCUGACAUUGACCACGUGGUUUUAACACGUGUCUAUUAAUGUGGCCCUCUUACAUGUGUGUUAUUCACGUUUACUUUAAUAUUGAUUAAAUUAUCAACACACAGCUAGGAUUUUACCUCACGGAUGUGCUGAGGGUUCAAUUGGUAGCCAAGUCUUUUUAAAUGUGGCACGCCGCCAAUAACCAUAUAUAGACUUAUUGGUAUGGUGGUCAGAGUCACUUGGUUACUAGAAAGUUGAUUCAUGAGAUAUAAUUUCAAUAGGCUGAUGAGUGAUAAUUUUGACGUGUGCGAUAAUGAUCAAAUUAUACAUUAUCAUUGAUAUAUCUAUUAAUUGUUUCUGACUAUCUAAAAAGUUGAAAGAAUGUAAAUUUUGGCGGGAUGAAAGUGAAUGAUGGUUUAAUUUUCAUUGAAGAAUAAUUGUUAUCGAUUUUUAUCAAUUUGAAGGGUCAAUACACCUGAUUUAGAAAUUUGACUAUGUGGGGAGAGGCAAUGCACGUCCAAUCACGUGACAGCAAACAUUUAAUCGGUUUGACUGUCGUGUGGGUCAAAUGUUCAUCGUCUUCUCGCAGCUAGCAAGUCCUCAAGUAUGUUAUUAUGUUUUGGGGGCAGAGGCAUUGUAAAUAAAUAGUUUUUAAAUGAAAAGUUAAGUUAUGAAUUUACACAGAGAUUCUUUUUAGGUUUCUCAGAGAAUUUACACAUGAUUCUACAGUAAAUUACCAACACAGUUGUAAAAAGAUUUUAAUCGAUUUUGACAUUCAAUUUUUCCGGGAAGAUGAGAUUCUAUCAUAAUACGUAUGUUUUUCUAAAAUGCUAUUAUUCAUUAAUUCAACCCUAAUAUAUACAUCUAAUUUUCGUACUCUAACAAACGCGUUUUAUUGAAA